CAACCCCCUCUGUGGAAGAAAUGUUAUGCCAGCGCACGUGUACAAGCCGGACGUUGGACACGGUUGGCAGCCAGGAAGAAGGCUGGGUGCAGAGAGGGUGGCGCUUGGAAAGGAGCCCAGAAGAGGGCUUAGGUUUUGGUUUUUGGAUUUUGGGGUUUCUUGAGAACAGGGUCUCACUAUGAAGCCCAGGCUGGCCUCAGACUUGCUGUCGAUCUUCUUACUUCAGCCUCCUGGGUGCUAGGAUUGCAGCCCUGCGCCAUCUGGCCAAGAGGAGGUCUUGAAAUAGCUGCUGGAAGUAGCAGAUAAAGCCUGAGUCGGGGCCACGGAGAAGAAAAGAUAAAAACUUAAAAACAAUCUUUAUGAUACUAGUUGUUGGGCGUCUGGAGAAUAAGGGGUGAGAAUCGCGUGCAGUUGUAACAGUGGUAAUGAGCACGGUUUUCACUGGUGCCUUGAGCGGCGGGAGAGAAGAGGUUUCCCAAGAAGAGAGGCUGGGAUGCAGGACUGCCCUGCAUUCGCAUAGGAAACGUCUGUUUAGUGAAAGCUGAGGAGCUGACAGGAACCAGCCUCGAGGAUCCUGCAUCUGGUCGGGUAAACAGAAUCUGGUGAUUAUGGGAAGGAAGACCUGGUUCUCCAUCCCUGAGAAGAAUCGACCUUUGAAGGACAGAAUUAAUGUAGUACUAAGUAGAGAACUCAAGGAACCUCCCCAAGGGGCUCAUUUUCUUGCCCAAAGUCUGGAUGACGCCUUGAAGCUUAUUGAGCAACCAGAAUUAGCACGCAGAGUGGACAUGGUGUGGAUAGUGGGCGGCAGUUCUGUGUACAAGGAAGCCAUGGAUCGGCCGGGCCAUCUCAAACUGUUUGUGACGAGGAUCAUGCAGGAAUUCGAAAGUGACACGUUUUUUCCAGAAAUUGAUCUGAAGAAAUACAGGCUCCUCCCCGAAUACCCAGGUGUGAUUUCGGAGGUCCAAGAGGAGAAAGGCAUCAAGUACAAAUUUGAAGUAUAUGAAAAGAACGAUUAAUGUGAAGGUGUAUUCUGAUCCAUUUCAAGUUGUUCCCCUUCUUCUAAAAACAUUAUGUACUUAUAUAUUAGAGAAAAAGACUUGUUUUGCCUUUUCAUCUCUGGAUAAUUUUUUCUAAACAGAUCCUAUUUAAGAAACACUUCUGCUCUGACUGUCUCAGUCUCCCUAGCCAGGCCCCCAUCUGAGUCCCAGCACCUGCUCUGGUGGUACAGGUGUGAGGGAUCCAAAUCAGGUGUCCUGCUCAGGUGAGGACCAUGGAGAUAGCCAGACUCGUCCAAAGGGAAGAUGUGGGUUAUGAACAAAAUGCCUACAACUCACAUUUUGAAAGAAAAUCCAGUCAGAGUAGGAAACAAAUCAAUCCAUACACCGCAUACUUCUGAGCAAAAGCUCUGUUCACUGAGCUUGGAAAUCAGUAAGUUUUGAACUGCAGUACCUUCCACAGGGAUGAUAAAGAAGCAGGUAGGAGCUGACCUAGGAAAAGCCUGAGACCUCUGAAAUUUCCGCUUCUGGUCUUCAGAAGGCUUCCAGAAGAUACUGCAGAGACAGAACAAAAUGGACAAGCAAUAACAAGUAUAAUAGCUGAAAUUAAAAGUUCAAAGAGUGACAUUGAGAAUGGUUAUUGCUAGGAGCCAAAAUUAUUAAUGUUAGAAACUAAAUUGUACAAAAUUAAUAAAAAUUAAAACAUCUAUCACAGAAACAAAGAUUUGUAUU